UUUCAGCAUCAACUCGAUCGAGAGAGACGAGAGAUGGCAUUCGGAGUUCGCUUGUGUUUGUGUCUCCUGCUUGUCUUUGCUGUAAUAUCUUCAGCUCGAAACACCAUUUCAUUCUCAGAUGAUGAAAUGGCCUUGCCUAUAAAGGGGAGGUCCUUGAAGAUUGCACUGAACGAUUACGGUGACCCAGUAGCAAACCGUGGGCACGAUCCUCCACAGAGAAACAAGAAUUGGGGCGGCAGCGGCGGUGGCCGUAAAGGCUGAGAGAUUCUGUGAUGUUCUCUUUAAUUAUCUAAUAUUUUGGAUACUAACCUUAAUAUAUAUAUUGAAUAAAUAACACCGGCUCACGUUUUGUACUUCAAGGUAGCUGAUUUAUACUCAUUUGCCAGCUAAACACGUAUUCUCUAAGGCGCCUUAGCUUCCUUAAUUAAUUGUCAUCUUUCUUAAUUUCAAGUUGCUGUGGCAUGUCAAGUGCAU